AUGUCAAAACGAACACACGAUCAAGUAGAAGCAACAGAAAUGGAAGCUGGACCAUCAGCAGGUAUAUCUUUGACUCCGAGUACCAAUGGUGUCAACACACCGGAUCAAGCCAAUGUCGGAUUGCUGCAAAUACCUCAGAAACGGUUCUAUAGGCAGAGAGCACAUGCGAAUGUAUUUGUAGAUCAUGAGCUGGAUUACCCAAAAUCACCCUCUGCAAUGGACUGGUCAUUCCAUUACCCUCAAUACUUCUCUUAUCCGGACCAAGCCGAACCCCUCCCUGGGCAAAAUACCAAGAGAGUGGAAUGGGCAGAUGUAGGUUGUGGAUUUGGAGGAUUAUUGAUGGCUUUGGCACCGAUGUUUCCGGAUACCUUGAUGUUAGGAAUGGAAAUUCGUACAUCCGUGACCAAAUAUGUGACCGACAGAAUUGCUGCCACCCGCCAAUCUCAAUCCCUCUUACCUUCCGAAUCGUCCGAGAAGAAACCAGGGCAAUAUCAGAACGUCUCGGUGAUACGAGCGAAUGCGAUGAAACACAUAACGAACUUUUUUGAUAAGGGUCAGCUAUCCAAGAUAUUCUUCUUAUUCCCCGAUCCUCAUUUUAAGAAUCGUAAACAGAAAGCGAGAAUCAUAACUCCAGGUUUAUUGGCUGAAUACGCAUACGUGCUUAGACCAGGUGGUAUCUUAUAUACUGUGACUGAUGUGAAAGACCUUCACGAUUGGAUGGCUCAUCAUCUGAACAACCACCCUCUAUUCAUUCCCAUCCCCAAUUCGGAGCUGGAGGAUGAUCCGAUAUUGGAAGCUGCCCGUACGUCCACAGAGGAAGGUAAGAAGGUUGAGAGGAAUAAAGGUGAUAAGUGGGUUGCGUGCUUUUGGAGGGCUGAGAAUCCGGAGUGA